UCGAGUGAAGAUGGCGGCUACUGUAUGUAGUAAUGUGAUAGAAAUGCUGAAAUCAUAAACAAACGGAGAAGAACAGAUCCCAAAACCGAGUAAGCCAAACACCGAAGCCAGCACGGGACAGAGAGUGGGAGAGAGGGGAACGAAAAGAGAUGGCUUGAGAUCCAUCAAGAAGAAGCACAAUGGGCAGAGAACGGAAGUGCAUUCUGUGUUUCAUUGUCUACAACUCAAAACAGGAGAUGGAUGAGCACAUAAGGAGCAUGCUGCACCAUAGGGAGCUGGAGAACCUCAAGGGCAGGGACUGUGACCACGAAUGCAGGGUGUGCAGGGUGACCGUGGUGGGGCUCACGGCCUACGCCAGCCACAUCUCCAGCCAGCUUCACAAAGACAUGGUGGAAGCACAGGAGAGGGAGGACGCAGGCAAGGGGAACGCAGCAGAGCAGUACUUUGACAAGGACCUCAUCGAGCUCAUAGAAAAGCGCAAGGAGAGGAUCCGAAAGGAAGAUGCCAGUGCUGAGUACUCCAAUAAGGAAGACCAUCGACGCAGGUCAGAAGAGAGGCUGAACUUCCCAGAAAGCCAAUCUCGCAGGCACCACAAGGGGGCACCACCCAGGGAUUGGGAAGGCAACGGGUUCCAAAAUAACUGGCAAAGAAACUUCCCCCAUCCCAGCAGGAACCAGACCCACAACCCUAGUGGGACUAUGGGAGCUUCCAGCUGCCAGUCAGGCUCCUCUGGAUGGCACCCCAGUCAAGGGCAGGCCAACUGGCACCAAACUUGGCAAGGAAGGAACUGGCACCAUGAUGGGCGUGGAGGCUUUCCUACCUGGAAAUCUGGGAGCCGGGGGAAAUGGAGUUUCACCAGGUUCCCUCCCUCAAGGGAUUACUUGCAAGAUAAGUUCCACUGGGGAAGGCAUAAUGGGACACAAAGGUCACCGCAGGAUUCCUAUAUGGAUUUCACCAGUGACUCCCUGUCGUUCAGCAAUGCUAUUGAUUUCAGCCAAGUGGAAAACCAAACAGUCUCUAAAACAGACAGGAACAACGGGAAGAGCUCCAGCAACCCUCCCAGGGAUAAGAUGCACCGCUGGGCUCCGUACCCGCCAGCUAAAAGCCAGGAAGCAGGAUCCAAAGAUGCUGACUCCAGGCCGACUGAGGGGAAGGAUCCCUCUCAACUUCCCUGCCAGCCCCUGCCCCUGAAGAACCUGAACAUGCACACACAUUUCAGACCUGACCUUUCGCCGGCUGGAGAGCAGGCAGAGAAGAGUAACAGUUCGCCCCCAAUGUCGAGUCACUCUGUGAGGGAGAGCAAGAACAAACCUCACCAAAGGGCUUCUUCCAGAAGCAGAAGUAGGAGGAUGAGCCCCCGGACCCAGAGCUCCCCUGUUGAGACUCUCCACAAACAAGGGGCCUUUUCCAGCAAACCAGAGGACAAGAAGUCUCUAUCUGAAGACAAGCCCAAGUGGAGCACUCGGGAUCAGGAAACAAACAAGAACUCAUACAUCUCCAAACUCCGGAGCGCCACGCGACAAGGUUACUCAGUAGAGGAGAUGCUCAUAAAGGCCAAAGAAGCCCUUAAUUGCAGCAAGCCAGAAACUAAGACCUCAGACCAAGCCAUGGAAGCAGAGCCAUUCCAAUUAGAUCGAAGGCCAAGCAAGGAGUGCGAGACUUCCACAGAUCGGACUGGAAACAAGAGCAAGAUGAGCCUUCUUGAGGACAUAAGCGAUGGGGACCUCUCUGACUCUGAACGACACAGCACUGAGGCACAUCCUGGGAACGCAAGCUUAUCUUACAAUGAAACGACAGAGGUGUAUCAUCUGUGUACAAGAGAAACCAACGUUCUCUCGCCUUCACACCUGCCAUCUUUGCAGUCCGAGGAUGUCAGCACAUUGAGCAGUGACUGCCAAAUAACUGGGGAUGCAGCUGAAGGGGACGGAGAAAGGCAAGUGGACAGUAGGGGUGAGGGUGGAGAGCACAGCACGCAGGGAGAGGUUAGCCGGGCCUCGGAUGGUGAGCUGACGAGGGUCCAACCUGCUGCCGGAUACCUGGUGACCGACCUGAGCAAGCUGGGCCUGCUGGCCUCCUUGAAGAGGGAUUUGACGCGACACAUCACCUCCAAGAACAAGACGAGCUCUCAGGAACCCAACCUCAACAUUGCCCGGCGCAUCCGCAACAUCAGCGGGAGCCGCAAGAACGAUUCGGACAAAGAAUCCGGGCUGAAACCGACCCUCCGCCAGCUCAUCAGCUCCUCGGGGUCCUGCAGGAACGUCGACUGGGACCAGGUGUACCAGCAAGUCAGCAGGAAGAAGCAGGAGCAGGGCAAAGGCAUGCCAAGGUUUGGCAUAGAGAUGGUGGCCCCUACUCAGAAUGAACAUGAGGGUUUGGAUGUAGAGGAGGCAUCUGAUAUGCCUUAUCUGGAAGGCUACCAAUGGGAAAGCAUAUGUGCAGCUCUCCCCACCUCGACCCGGAAACGCAGCCUAUCGGAGAGCAGCGUCGUCAACAAUCGCAGCGCCUCCGUCUACAGCCUCUUCUCUGACAACCCAGCAGGGGGCAGCAGAGGAGAGGGAGAAUGCAUUCCAUCCCUGCCCUCUCCCCACGGACCAAACGGAGACCAAUGCUCCCAGCCUGCAGAAUCGGAGAGGGAGUCCUUGUCCAAGAAGACCUCCAGCCCAUCCCUCCAGGAGCUGCCCUGCGUGAAGACGGAGGUGGAAGGCACAGAGGGAGAGGCUCCUGGAGGGCCACAGGGACUGUUCGAGGGAGCUGCGGCCACAGCGAUGGACCCUGAUGGAUCCCUGGAGGGAGGCAGCAGCUGCACAUCCGGGGCUGAGCAAAAUGAUAGCCAGAGCGUGAAUAAGAAACGCAGAGCAGCUGCUGAGGGCCCUUUGUCAGGAAUCCCUAGUUUAGAAAGAAAGAACAAAAGAAGGAAAAUCAAAUCUAAAAAAGAGCGCUCUCAGGUGGACCAGCUGCUGAGCAUAUCUCUUCGGGAGGAGGAGCUGAACAAGUCUGUGUACGGGGUGGAAAGCAGCUUGCUCCAGGCACGGGCUGCACUGCAGGCUGCCUACAUGGACGUGCAGCGCCUCCUAGUGCUCAAGCAGCAGGUUACAAUGGAAAUGAGUGCAUUGAGAACCCAACGAAUUGAGAUCCUCCAAGGACUGCAAGAGUCAUAUGAUGGUCCACGCCCUGAGCUGAUGGCUAAGUUUGAAGCAACAGCACUGCCCUCCCCUUUCCAAGAUACCUCUCUUCACUUGACCGGUCAGCCCUCCCCCACCAUCCUCUUCCCAUUCCCCCAGAGCUCCCCGCUUGCCUCCCUGUGCCCACCUGCAGCCCCAGCACUCCCCAGCAGCACACCGUCCACUCGCAUCAAGCAGGAUCCCGACGCUCUGGGCAGUCAGGCAGGAACCCCCCUCACCACAGCUUCAUCAGACCUUCAGCCCAGGAACAGCAGCCUGUACACCACAGCACUGGAGUCCCCGCUCACCUCCACGCCAGUGCAAGGCACAAAGCCCAGUUUAUCAGUGUCUCCAGGGUUUGCUGGAGCAAUGAGCCUGGCUGGACUAGAAGAGAGAUUUGGGCAGGUCGGCAGUGACUCCCAGGAGAGUGUAAGCUUGUCUUCAGAGGCUUGCCGGACCAAACAAAGAGAGACCUGCUCCCACAGUCAGUCCCAGUCCUCCCACAGCAUGAAGGUGCAGGACAACCCAGUAACCAGAAGCUCCUUCCUAGGCCAGGAGAGGCCCAUUAUCUGGGCCCAAAACCAGCUGCUGUCUUGCCAGACACUCCUGGAGGAAGAGGCCAAGCAGGAGGCUGAGGGACAUGCGGAAUCAACCGUGGCGGUGCCAGAGAACAAAGCUGGGAAGAGACUCAAGAAACUAAAGAAGAAGAAAGCUAUACGGAAAGCCAACGAUGGGCAAGAGAACAGCGACACAGAGCAGGACGUGGACUCGAGCAGGCCGGUCAGGAAGAGCAAGCCCAGGAAAGCUGCUAAAGGAGGGAAGGUGAGCACAUCCACCCCCCAGAAGGGAGACAAGCCGGGCCAGGGCACUGACCCCUCCAAUGCAGGUCUGGAGCAGGGCACUGGUGACAGCGACUCCGUCCUGGAGAUGAUCGAGCUCCCCAGCACACAGCUGGAGGUGGUGGCCAUUGACUCCUCUGACUCCAGGGAUGAGAAAUGGGGCAGUCCCUCAAAGAGAGAGCUCCACACAGUCUCGGCAUGCAACCACACAGAGGCCCAGAAGCUGGGCUGUGAUGAAGUGAGCUCCACUAGCGAAUUGGUGACCAGCAGCAAGAGCAGCACCAAUGUGGUGUAAUCUACUAAGGGAUUGAAGAACUCUUCAGAGGUCUCCUCGGAGCCUGGUGAGGAGGACGAGCCCACAGAGGGCUCCUUUGAAGGGCACCAGGCCGCUGUGAACUGUAUGCAGAUACACAACGGGCUGCUCUACACCUGCUCCGGGGACAAGACUGUGCGCGUUUUUGACCUAAUAACUCGGAAGUGUGUCGCCAUAUUUGAGGGCCACAGCACCAAAGUGAACUGCCUGCUGGUUAGCAAGAGUGCGGGGAUCCCAGACAGGCUAUACACAGGCUCCAGCGACCACACCAUCCGCUGCUACUCCAUCAAGACCACAGAGUGUAUUGAGCAGUUCUGCCAGCUGGACCGAGUCCUCUGCUUACACAGCCGCUGGAAGAUCCUGUUCGUUGGGCUGGCCAAUGGCAGUGUGGUCAGCUUCAGCUUGAAGACAAACAAGCAGCUAGAUGUGCUUGAAUGCCACAAUCCGCGGGCAGUGAGCUGCCUGGCCUCGGCUCAGGAGGGGGCGCGCAGGAUCCUGCUAGUGGGCUCCUAUGACUGCACCAUCAGCGUGAGGGACGCCAAGAGUGGCUUGCUGCUGCGCACCCUGGAGGGGCACACCAAGACCGUGCUCUGCAUGAAGGUUGUGAAUGACCUGGUGUUCAGUGGAUCCAGUGACCAGUCUGUUCAUGCGCACAACAUCCAUACUGGAGAGUUGGUGCGCAUCUACAAAGGGCACAGCCACGCCGUCACCGUGGUCAAUAUCCUGGGGAAGGUCAUGGUGACAGCCUGCCUGGACAAACUGGUGCGGGUCUACGAACUACAGUCUCAUGACCGAUUACAAGUUUACGGAGGGCACAAAGACAUGGUCAUGUGUAUGACAAUCCACAAAAGCAUGAUUUACACCGGGUGCUAUGAUGGGAGUGUCCAAGCUGUGCGGUUAAAUCUCAUGCAGAACUACCGUUGCUGGUGGCACGGCUGCUCCCUCAUUUUCGGGGUAGCGGAUCACCUGAAGCACCACCUCUUGACGGACCACACCAACGCCAACUUCCAGACACUGAAGUGCCGCUGGAGAAACUGCAACGCCUUCUUCACUGCCAGGAAUGGGUCCAAGCAGGAUACUCCCAAACACAUGCAGAAACAUGCUGAAGAAGACAGCAAGCUCGACCCAUAAGGAAGGAUUUCUCCUCCCAUAUUGGGAGGCAUUGAAACAUCCCAGGGGAAAAAAAACAAACCACAGCCCUCCUUCAAUAGUGACGUGAGUGAGGAUAAGGCAGAGAUGACCAGCAAGCUGCCUUAUUGCUCAAGGGAGAAGAGGAGGGGAGUACCUCAUAGCCUGCGUCUGCAUGGAGCACGGUCUGUCAUUACUGUCCGCUCUCAUAGAGACCACACCUCAGUGCUACAUAAGGCUCUUUAUUUCCCGUUUUAAUCAGUGUUUUAUUUAGAAUAUAAAACAAAAAAAUAACAAUAAUAAUUUAGUAUCUCAUUUUUUCCAGUUAAUAUCAGAGGGUUGGGGGGAAGGGAGAAAAAGCCAAGAUAUUUAUUAAGGGGUAAGUGGAUUAUUUGAGUCGUCACAGUUCUGCUUAUGACGGUACAAGCAGACGUUGGUGUACAAUAUAGCAGGAAAACUGAAUCCAUCUAAUACUCAUUUUUAAAGGUCAUAAACCUGUAUUUUAAUAUUUAGGCAUUUUAUUAUGGUAAAUAUAUAGGUGAAAAUAUGGGUGGGGGUGCGUGAAUUAGUUCAGUUGAAAUAGUUCAUUUGAAAGUGAAGAGCACAAGUGAGUGUAGCCGUGUCAAUCAUUAAACAAGAGCUCCACUGGAACAGCAAAUAGAAGCACUCAACAAUGUACUGAUGAGGACAAUUACACCCUGCUGAUUCAGGAGGAUGGUGUUCUCUGCUAAUCCAUUUGUUUUUAAUCUUUUGUAUCAUUUCUGUAACUGCUGACCAUGCUGAAGGCCAAGCCUUUCACACAUUAAGCUGUGUUCAUUCAUAGAACAGACAAAGGUGCAGAACAAACAACGGUAUCUUGACUUUAUGUGUGUAAGGGAAAGCUACAGUUACUGACACACUGAAAAAGAAGCAUUUAACUCAGAUUUAUGGCAGUAUGGCAUGGUGGGAUGGGGAUACAGUCCUCAGAACUCAUAUAGUGAUCUGGCAGUUUGGGCACUGUUUUAUAGUUUAAAGAGUUUGCAUCUGAAGGAUUGUUGUGUUUGAUGUGUAAGAUGCUGGUUCUUGUUUAAGCUAUCAUCUUGGCACAAAGCUAAGUGCAUCACAACAGCCUGUUGCACAGCCAAAGAGAGCAGCUUUGUUGCGGGUGGUAAAUGGAUCGUGAAUACUGCAUUGAGAUUCUUAUCUGCUCUUUGCAAAUCGUGUCUGUUUACUUCUUCCAAUGGUCUUUAGAAGGUUUUUCUAGAUGUAGAUGCUUCUGACAAGGAUUUCUGAGGGAUUUAAGAGCAGCAUUAAUCUAGAUGAACCUAGGAGACACUAAAGAAUCUCUUCCUCCCCUAGCUCUUCCAGUGUCAGUGAGAUCAUGCAAGCUUUUUACCACUCUGUCAAUCUCAGGUGCACCAAGUUCAGUAUAUUUAACUUUUUUUUUGUGGUUUGUAUACUUUUUUUUUCUUAUUUAAAAAUAAAUAAAUGCGUAAUUUCAUAAACUGGUUUUGAGUUUGCAAAAAACAAAAUGGCAAUGACAAUUUCUCACAGUAUAUAAAAUACAGAGUGUUUUUGUAUUUUAAAGGAAUGGGUUUAUUGCAGUGAUGGUACAGAGCAGGUGUGUGUUUUGUUUGUGUUCCACAAUUGUACAUGUGUUCUUGUUUGAUUUGAUUCUGGGGACAUAGCUCCAUUAGUACUGAAGUGCUAACUGUACUUGUGUUGGGUGUGAAUCCAUUAUGUUGGCUUUCUUUAAAUCCGUCAUUUUAAGAGUGUGUUAUUAUUUUAUUUGGUAGCUUUUUGAAGUAGUUUCUAGGUGUGGAAGAAAUACUUUAUAGCGCCAAAUACAAAAACUAAAUUCCAAAAUCCAAACAGUCAGUCACAUGUAUACAGUGGUUCUCAUUGAACAUGAAAGAUACUGACUGCCUGUUAAAAAAAAAAAAAAAAAAAAAAAAAAAAAACAUUGGUCUUAUUGUAUAACUACAUUUUAUUUUAGUAUUACUGGUUAACACAAAGAAUGGAGGACAUAAAUAUCUAUAUGAACCUUUUAUCAACCAUAGUUCAUUUAUCAAGAUAUUAAAUGAGAAAGAUGACACCUACUCUUGGUACAAAGAUUGAACAUUGAACAGUUCUAUAAAUUCUUCAUUCUUCAGAACAUCAAUGUGCACACAAAACAAUCCAUUCUGAGCCAGAAGGUAACCAUUGUGAACUCCGUCCAUCCAGAUUGUGAGUCUGUGGUUUGAAAAGAGUGGAAAAAAGUUUUACCAAAAAAAAGAUAGCAGUAAGGCGUACAGGUGUUUGAGUUUUUUGUUCCAGUUUUGAGGGGUUUUGUACUUUUUUUUUCUUUUAAGUGAUUUGUUAAGGACUGAUAUUUCUAUACGGGAUAGCUACUUGGUCAGGAUCGGCAGGCUUGUUUUGUUUCAGAGUUUAAAGGUGCUACCAUGAUGAAUGCCAUACAUUUGUAAGCUUUAGUGCUAGCCAUGCCAUACACAUACACAAUUUCCAGUAGUGGUGACCAAAAGAAUUAGGUGGUCACUUUUAAAUUGAGAAAAAAACACCUGUGAAAUGUUUUCAAUUGUCUGUUUGAUUUUUGUCCGUAUUGGUGAUGCAUAGGGACUUUCUUUUACAGCACAAUCCUGUGUUUUUUUUUUUUUUUUUUUUUUUCUGUAUGGAAUUAAAUCAUUUGAAAACAGUACAAUAUAUUCUCUUCUUGCCAGUCUGCUGUAUUUUUAGAGGAAUCGUUUAGUUUAUCUCCUAUUCAACAACAUGCCUGUUUGAACUGUUGAACUGUUGAACUGACUCUACAAUGAUGUCUACCAUCAAAUCAAAUGCCCAUUAAACCCAAAUAAACAUCCCCACAAGACUAGAAUUAGAACCCUCUCCAAAGAUGAACCACGUUUUUAGUUUGAAUGAGUUAGUGUUACUGUACAGCUGACUGGGCCACAUUUAAGUUCCAUAUUUCCAAUUACAGACUGGUGCAGCUAGCCUUUAGUUCUCAAUUGAAGUUACAAAGCUGCAAACUUGUUGCUGAGAUUUUGUAAAGAGAAAUUGUAUCGGCAAUAAAACAUUUAAAAUUUUA